UCUCGGGUACGAGUUAAUACUAGGCCUUUAGUAAAAACGAAAGUAAAUUGUAUGACGUAUGCAAUUUGUGUGUGUUUGAGUUCACGGAACUUCCGAUUGUAUCAGUUCACGGGCUUAUAGACCCUGCCCUUAAUUUCCACUGCCGGAAAUAUAUUUUCCGUCUCUAAAUAUUCUUAAUUUUCCGAAAUAAUUCCAAUUCCAGUUACUAGAAUGGCGAAAGAGGAGAAGAAAUUUUGGGUUUCAUCAGAUGGAUUUUAAACUACGAACAUCUAAUUUACAUAGUUUGAUGUAGAAUUAAAAUCAAGAUGGCUAGCCCUUGGCCUGAGAACAAUCCAGAAUCUUUGGAGGAUCUGUGCUUGAAGGUAGUCGUAAAAAACCUCGAUUCAUUUGCCGACAAAUUCUCUGAUGGCUACAGACUGAAGGAAGGCAUCUCCUUGCAGCAUCCCAGCUUAUGUGAUAAAUUAUUUCAGUCCAUGUAUGAAGAAUACCGAAAGGAUAUGUCAUGGUUGUCAAUUUUGAGAGAUUCGUCUUUGACAAGAAUAACCAGAGUUAAUUUGUCUUGGUGUGCAGUAGAUGCUAACUCAUUGAAAUCUCUUUGUGGACAUCCAAUCCGAGAAUUAGACUUGUCACAUUGCAAUCUUGAUGAAAGUUGUGUGAGAAUAAUUAACAAACUCAGUGACACCCUUUUAUCACUUAUUAUUGGUGAUGCUUAUGGGCUGGUGCAGGAUUUGAUUGGUAAAGGACAUUUAAUGGAUUGUAAUUAUACUCCAGAAGCUGAAGACUUUGAUGAUAAGUAUUGUCUUGACUAUGUCUUUAAAUGUCCCAAUCUGAGGAAACUGGUGAUAAGGGAUGCAUAUUUUGAAAAUGAUGACCAAGAUGAUGCAAGUAGCGGUCACACUGUGUUGGCUGCCAUUUUGUGUCCAUUAAAAAAUUUGACAUAUCUAGAUUUAUCAUCCUGUGUUUUUGACAUUGAACUCAUGGACUGCCUUGAGGAAUUGAAAAAUUUACUGUCUCUAGACUUAAGUUGUGUGAACAUUGGAAAUAUGCAGGAGGCAUUGAAAAAUAUUUGCAAAGCCAAGAAACUCAGACACCUAGAUUUAUCAGGGGCAGAGGAAGCUGUUUGCUUCCACAAUCAUCCUAGCCAGUGUUUGAAAUACAUAGUGGACAAUUUGCCCAACCUUACCUCCUUGGAUAUUUCAGCAACAAAUUUGGCAAGCUCUAAAAUGCAGGCAGAUGAUGGUGGUUGUUGUAUUCCUGGACUUGAAGGGAAGCAGUUGGAAUUCCUAGGUUUGCUGGACUGUCCUGAUAGUCCAUGUGAGCGCCAAAACUUACCUGCAAAAAGGGUGACAGGUUAUGGCAAUGAGGCACAGAUUUUGUUAGCACUGCGCAUUUAUAUGGAUAAAGAGCAUCUCUUAACAUCAGCCAUGAAUCACCUUUUUCAAACGCUUCGGUACGAGGAAGUGCAUGACCAGUGUCAGGCUUUGGAGUUGAUUUUGGAUGGUAUGAAACAUAACUGGACAAAUAAACAGGUCCAGAUUUCUGGGAGUGCUGCACUGUUUUAUAUACUGAAAGGAGUAAACAGGGAAAAAGUCACACAGUUUCAAAGAAGGAGGGUCAUCUUACUCUUACUGGAUGCCAUGGAACAGCAUAAACUGGAUAAAACAAUGCUGAGAAAUGUCCUCCUGAAUUUCUGUAGUAUGAACCUUCCUGAAAACAUGACGUUCUGUCAUCGUCGUCUGAUCCAAAACUUGAUGGACGUUGUUGUCUCAGACACACAGGAGGAUUUCAUUCAAAGACUGGGGAUAAUUCUGCUCAAUUGUAUUGCCUGUCAGGUGGAUGGGGAGGAGAAACUCACAUUUGGAGAGCUAGGAGCCAUUGAGGCCAUGCUGAAAAUCAUCAAGAGAAAGCUAGCUCUGGAGCAGUGUGAUGAAAAUAUGGAGGUUUCUUGGAGCAUGAUGUGGAACAUCACAGAUGAAACUGCUGAAAAUUGCAAGAGAUUUAUAAACAACAAUGGUCUAGAACUAUUCAAAAGUUGUCUACAGCAAUUUCCCAACAAUGAAGAACUGUUGAGAAAUAUGAUGGGCCUAAUGGGAAACAUUGCUGAGGUGAAAGAGCUCAGAAAACAACUCAUGGAAGGGAACUUCUUGCACAUUUUUUGUGAUUUAAUGGAGUCUGAGAAAGAUGGGAUUGAGGUGAGCUACAAUGCUGUUGGGAUAUUUUCACACAUCACAGCGGACGGUGCGGCGGCUUGGACUAUCCAUUCUCCCACCAGGGAUGAGGUGAUGAGAAGGAUGAUCAUGGCCAUAGAGAGGUGGCCAUUAAACAGCAAAAGGAACAUCAAUUACAGGUCAUUUGGUCCAAUAUUGAAUCUUCUGAGGGCUUUUGAUACCCCAGCAGCACAGUUCUGGGCUGUUUGGGCACUAUGCAACUUAACCCAGGUUUACCCUGAAAGAUACUGUAGACUGCUGAAAAGUGAAGGGGGCUUAGAGUUGUUGGAUAC